GUGUUCACCAACCCGCGCUUCCUGGUCCUAGCAUUCGCCAUGGAGCAAACCAGCAACGCCAGAGCCCACCUGCUAGAGGCAGCUCGACUGGCGAGGCUGACGGGGCGAGUGCUGGUGCUGCCACACGUGGGCAGCGGCCGCCUCUCAGUGGGGCGACAGCACCCCCUCUGCUCCUACUGGGACCUCUCCCGCCUCACCCACUCCUCCUCCUCCCCUCAUUCCUCCUCCUCCGCUCAAUCCACUCACCCCCCCUUCAACUCCUCCUCGCUCCCCCCAUCGCCCCUCCCAUGGCCCCUCCCAUCGCACCUCCCAGUUGAGUGGGUCUCGCCUGACCUCUUCCUCCUCCUCGCCCGCUCCUCCCUCCCCGCUGCACCAUCUGUCGGCUUCGUGUGUGUUGAAACACCCUCCCUCAACCGGCCCUGCUUCGAUUUCGGGGAGGUGGCAUCUGGGCUGGGUGCCAUCCUCACCUACUCCCUCGGUCAGCUUCCCACUCGUGCCAACACUCAGGUCAUUACAGUCCGCAAAGCCUCCCGAUUCCUCAAAGCCUUCCAAAAGUGGCAGCACACAGACGUGGUGGUGUGGGUGAAAACGACCUACAAGAAAAUGGCCAUCCGCCCGCCCACGUCCCUCCUCGCACCCGUCCUGCUGCCCUACCAUCCGCGCUGGCACAUACUCGCCCGCUCCAUCGCCUCUGCCCUCCCUCGCCCAUUCAUUGCGCUGCACUUCCGAUCUGAGUACAUCGCAUGGCUCGUGGGAGGGAAGCUGCAGCAGGAGCAGAAGAUAGGCAAGCAGAUGCACUGGUGCGUGGCAGAGGCGGCAAGAACCGUGCACCAGGUGCAGCAGCAGCUGUCAAGGGGGAUGGAGGCGACGCUGGCGAAGGGGAGCUUUGAGGCGCCUCCAAAGGCAGAGGCGGCAAGAACCGUGCACCAGGUGCAGCAGCAGCUCUCAAAAGGGAUGGGGGGGACUUUUGAGUCGACUCAAGAGGCGGCAAGAACCGUGCACCAGGUGCAGCAGCAGCUCUCAAAAGGGAUGGGGGGGACUUUUGAGUCGACUCAAGAGGCGGCAAGAACCGUGCACCAGGUGCAGCAGCAGCUCUCAAAUCAUACGGAAGGGACGUUAGCAAAGGGGAAAAAUUCCUCCAGUGGUGAUUCGCCUUUCCAUUACUCGAUAGCAAGCACGCCUGGGAGUUUGAAUGAGGCUUCGGGACCGUCUUGGCAUUCCCUAAGCAGCAGCAGUCCAUCGGUGUUCAUUAGCGCGGAUAUUGCCUUCGGGGCUGCUGCUGCCGCCGCUGCUCCUGCUGACGCUGCUCCUGCUGCUGCGGCUCCGGCUGCUGGCGCUGCUGCUGCUUCCAUACCCGAUACAAGCUUCCCCAGUAGGAAAACAGAGCAGAAAGUAGACGAGGAAUGGCCGGUGCGGUCAGAGUCGUGGGGGGUUAUGGUGGAGAAGUAUAGGCGAGAGCAGACCACUGGCGCAGCUUCUGAUGCGUCUCAAAAGUCAUCUGGUUUUGACACGGCUUCGAAAGCAGAGGAAGUAUGGCCGGUGCGGUCAGAGUCAUGGGGGGUUAUGGUGGAGAAGUAUGGGAGGGAGCAGACCAUUGACGCAGGGCACCGCGCCCUGCUGCAACUCAGGGCGCUUGUCGAUGGUGAUGGGGAUGACUAUAAAGGGGAUGGAGGCAUAGGCACCGCGCCGCCCCCUGCCGCAUCCCCUACUGGUGGAGCUCCCGCAUCGCGUCUCCGAGGAGGCGGUGCGGUGCCGAAGCCAAACGCUCCAUCGAUUACAUCAGCAAACAGCACCGUCAAACCUACCGGCUUUAAGCCUACCGGCCCCGAACCUACUGGCAACAAAACUAACGGCGGCAAUCCCAGUGGAGCCGGCCCCAAACCUACGGGCACCAAGCCUAACAGUGGCAGUCCCAGUCUCACCAAGCCUGUGGAAAAUAAUGACUCUACCGUCAAUUCCACGAACAAGAAGAGUCCGGCUAAGCCGGCGGAUAAGACGGCGGAUAAGACGGCGGCAAAGCCGCCGGGGGCCACGGCGCCGAGCGCGAAGAAGCCAGUGACGGUGCAGAGCAGUGCAAUUGAGAGUCAGCGGCAGCGAAUGGUCGGUGCGCGUAUCAGCGCGGCCGGGGAGGCGGGCUCCGCGUCGUGGCUGGUGCAAAACGGCGGCGCGACGUGCGACAUCUCCGUCGGCACGUGGAUUCCCAGCAGCACGCGGCCCGCUUACGCGUCCACGUGUCCGUACAUCUCGAGCAAGUUCAACUGCGUGCAGAACGGGCGGCCCGACGGUGGUUACCAGCACCUGAUGUGGCAGCCGCGCGACUGCAACAUGACACUCUUCUCCCCGCUGCACUUCGCGCUCAUGUUUCAAGACAAGACGCUCGCGCUCGUCGGCGACUCCAACGCGGAGUACCUCUUCCAGUCGCUGCGCUGCCAGCUCAGCACGGGCCUCGAAACCGAGAGCGUGAAUACGACAACGGCGGGAGCGGAGGCAUUUAGAGUGAUAAGCUCCAACACCCUCGUACUGCUCGUUGACGCGCCCUUCCUGUCCUAUGCUGCUCCUGUCGCUCCUACGCUACAGUUCAAGUCCAGUGCAUGGAACGUGCAUCUAGACGUGCUUCACCCAACUCUCCGCCAAAUCCUGCCAGACGCGCACGCCGUCAUCUUCUCGUCCGGAUCCUGGUUCAUGCCGCCCGGCCGCACAUACUACAAAAACGGCCGCCCGCUCGCCGCCCAGAUCAACGGCCUGCAGGCGCACAGUGCUGUGCUCGGCGUUCUGUCGGACUAUCUGGCUCAGCUCAGCCCGACGGGAAUUCAGCAGCUGCUGCUGGGACUGGGGAAGGUGGUUGGGGCGGGUGCGGUGGGGGAUGUGUGCUGGCAAGUGCCUGGAUCGGCACAGACCAUCGCAGGGUAUUACUAG